CGCUGUUGAUGUUUUCCACUGUCGUCGAGUCUUUCGCAAAUUUAGCAGUGAAUUUUUCUGAGAGAAAAGGAGUUAUCGUGAGCACUAUAAUUCGCUUUAUCUGUAUUAUUAAGUCCUUUCUUCAGCAUGAGUACUCUCUGACAGUAGAUCAACCCGAUCCUGAAGAUAAAAGUGAUUAACACUUUUGCAAGGAAAUCUUCAGACCCAUUUGGCACUCCAUAGAUCAAGGGUCAGCGUAAGCAGAGGAUUCAUCCAUCAUGGGGGAAGCUGGAGAGUAUGAGAUUGUCAGUAAAAUGAGGGAGAUGGUGUCAAGGGUCUUCUAUAAUUAUGGCCUCUUCUGCUCCAACUACCCGAUAGCUCUGAUUGUGUUUUCAUCAGUCAUCGCUGUGCUCUGCAGUCUUCCAUGCUUCUUUGCUGUGCCGCUGACCCUGACGGCACCGUACCAGUACACAACACCUUUGAAUGGUUUCCCUGACACUGCAAGGAAGUAUUACACCAAACAGCAGCCUGAUAAUAAGACUGCUAUUGAUCACAGUAAAAGACCACAGUGGUUUUCAAGACCACCAGUGGGCUAUGUGCUGCAGGUUGUUGUCAAUGCAUCUGUAUCACCAUGGCAACCAGGACUGACCUACGGUGAUGAUGUCAGAGGUCCAUUGUCGAAGGCCUUCGAGCUGGACAAAGAGAUAAAGAGUUUUAGUUCAAAAUCAAAAGUAUUACUGCGAUCAUCAUGCCUGUAUGUAUCUGAUACUGUGGACCGAGUGAAAGGAGUAAUGCCUGAACAUAGCUGCCUUGUGGUAUCACCUGCUAAUGUAUGGAAAGGCAGCUUUGAUCUCUUUCAAGAAGACCCUUACCCUGGUAGAUCUGUGUUCAUGGGGAACUUCUAUGAUAAACCAGCAUUACAUGAUCUUUUACUGGGUGUCCAAGCAAAGUACACUGGAUUACAGAAGUACAACAUUCAUUCUGUAUCUGAGCAGAUUUCCUUCGCUGUAACAGUUGUAUUCCAUACUUACAAUGAAAGUUUCAUUGAAGAGCUGAAAUCACAUCUAGAAGAGAAGUUCAACAUGGGAUCACCUCCUCUUGAUUGGAAUACUGGAGAGUUUCUUAUCCUACACAUCUACUACAAGAGCCUGAUUAACUCUCAUGAUCUGAUUCCUGUAUCCAUCAUAUAUUCUCUUCUGAUGUUCUACAUCUACUUCUCAGUUCGUAAGAUUGAGAUGGUGAAAUCAAAGUGGGGCUUAGCAUUGAGUGCUACAGUGAUGUUAGUCCUCUCCUGUACUAUGUCAGCUGGUCUGUGUAUCCAGUAUGGGGUUGAACCAACAUUGAAUGAAGGAGAGGUGUUUCCGUACAUCAUCAUCCUGAUCGGUCUUGAAAACAUUCUAGUUCUGAUCAAAUCAGUGACGUCAACACCCAUGGAUUUACCAGUAGAACUCAGAAUAGCACAAGGUUUAAGCAAAGAAGGUUGGUCCAUCACAAAGAAUAUGUGGACUGAGAUCCUGAUUGUUCUGAUUGGACUCUUUACCUUUGUUUCAGCUGUACAGGAGUUUUGUCUUCUAGCCCUGGUGGCUAUGUUCUCGGAUCUCUUUCUUCAGAUGAUGUUCUUUGUGUCAAUCCUGGCUCUUGAUUUCAGGAGAUUAGAGAUUUCAGACCUGUAUAAAUCAGGAAUGAUGCAGUCUAUCCAAGACUCUCCUGAUGGGGUGCGUCCAUCUCGUACUCACCACCGGUCAUUCCUCUCACCCUUCUGGGGUCAACCCAUAGAACAACCUACCCCAAGACCAAGGAUUCCUCGCAGGCUCAGGGUCUUCAACUUCCUAGCAAGCGUUAGGAUUAUUCAAAAGAUUAUUAAGUUCACCCUAGCACUAUGGAUCAUCGUCACCUGUCUCUUCAUCUACAAAGCUGGUAUCAUCAACUUCUUCCUGGUCAGCAAUAGCUACGGAAGUCCUCUAGAACCCGCUGCCCCAACAUUACCUACUCCAUCAGACCCCAAGCUACCCCCAGUACCUCCUCUAGCCGAUCUCCACCGACUCCCAGACAAAGCUAUGCCAGUGCCCAAUCCUGACCCUUCUGAUGAAGUCAGUGACCGGUCCCGCCCUGAUCCGGUAUCUGGGGAUCUCCCUAAGCCUGGGCACCAAGAUGACAAGGACAAGAUGAAGGAUAGGAUAAAGAGUGAUGGAAGCAGUGGUUCCUCUGACCUGAAGCCCUGUCAUGGAAGUGAUUGCAGUGAUAAGCUAUCCCUAUGGGUGAGGCAGAGAGGACUGUGGAAGCUGUCAGCUUGGCACUGGCCAGCUCUCUUUAAUAUGUACAACAUGAGCCUAGCAGACAGAUAUGUGAGUAUCCUUCCGCCGAUCAAACUGAACAUUCAUAUCAGACCAGAGGAGGCUGUUGCUCUGAGGAAGGAUUCUGAAACCAAGAGAUAUGGGUCAUCUCCUGGUGUUGGUCAGAUUAUUGGUAGCUAUGAAGGUCUUCAUGAAGCUGACCGGUGGGACUACUAUGUGACUAUGAUGUUAGGGAUCAUCAGUGGUGCUUCUUCUGUAAUCCUGAUCAUGCUGCUGUGUAAGUGUGCUACCUUGGUGCGUAGUCGUCAGGCCAGGUACAAACCAGGACGAAGGGCGGAUAUCAUCAAGAGAGUACAAGGGCCGUGUGAAGCUGUGCCUCAGCACUUGGCUGGACAUGAGCAGGAAGUGGAGUGUUUUGUGACAGGAGGACGAUGGGUAGUGAGUGCUUGUAUUCAGGGUGAUAUACGAAUCUGGGAUCCAUACGAAGGAAGGUGUGAACACUUCAUCCCAAGAACAAGAUAUCGCCUUAGUAGCCCAAGCAACAGUCUACCCCGGCAACCAACCUCACCUACACAGCCCUUGAAGACCCCCAACCAUUGCAGCGUUCCUUCAAGUCCAUUCAGCCCUCUUGAGACAACAGAGGGCGCUUCACCAAACAGCUCAGAGGUUGUCAUGCCACGUCCUGGAAGCUCUAAAGACCUGUCGUCACACUUCAGCAUGCCGCAGGAAGGCAAUGGAGGCGGCAUGCCUCGACCAGGAAGCUCAAAAGAUCUAGCUGGCAUGCAGUUCAGCAUGGACGGGUACUACGGGAACGGAGAGCAGAUGUACUCAGCAGCAAGGCAUCCUUCACAAUCUUCCAGCCGAAGCUCUGGGGUGGCUAGCUGCGAUGAUGAUCCCUACCUCCAGCAGCAUCAGCUCACCAAGUCAAGGACUCAUAGUACAGUAUCCGCUGACUUCUCACAGGUGGAUAUGUUUGGAAGUCCGUCAGAGAGGGAGGGCGUGGUCGACCCAACAGGUGCAGGAGGGGUACAGUCUGCACCCCUUGUAGGAGCAGGGGGUGAUGGUUCCAGUGAGUGUUCUACAGUGUGGUGUCUGGCAUGUAAAGAUGAAGUGGUUGCUGCUGGAUGUAGUGAUGGAAGCAUUGAGUUAUGGAGCAGUGAGAAUGGUCAAUUAUUAGCUUGGUCGUCUUACAAAGGUGACCAAUCCCAACCUGGUAUAACAGGUGUAUGCUUCACUCGCAAUCUCCUGGUCAUUGCAAGAUUAGGUGGGAGUCUAGACUUCUUGCAGCUCUCAGGAUUUCAAAGUGUAGGAGUUACAGUAAGCUACGACAGUUAUUACCAGUAUCCCCCUGUGGUUCACUUGAGUUUAUUAAAGACUGUGCAGGCGCAUCAGCAACCUAUUAACACUAUACAAGCCAAUGAGGCACAACUCAUUACAGCUAGUCAAGAUUAUACACUCAAGGUGUAUUCUCUAGAUGAUCUUAAUUGUAAAUUCACUUUGAGAGGACACGCUGGUAGUGUCACAUCACUUUAUGUAGAUAAGGAUCCAUUCAAUAGCAUUGCAAGUGGUUCAACAGAUGGUUUGGUGAGACUUUGGGACACAUCGCGGGGCGAUAUGUUGAAGGCUCUCAAAGGCCCAACUAGCACAGUUCUUAGUAUUACCUGUACGCCUCAGCAUGUAUUGUGUGUUAGCUUGGAUAGUAAGCUGUGUGUAUGGACUAGAUUACAAGGAUGGAUGUUACAUGUUAUACAACUGGAUGGUGGAUGCAGUAGUAGUGUUGCUACUUUGAAUGAUAAACUCAUGAUUACUGGUGCUCAGGGAUAUCUGGUUGUCUGGGACAUUGUAAAUGGUGAACCGAUCCGAGAGCUCAACCUCGGCGACAGGCACGUCCGUGUGAAGAACAUUCUUUCCAUCGAAAACUCACCUACGAUUGUCUGUGACUUUGGCAGCGAGCUUAGACUGAUUCAGUUCCCACCAAGUCUGGAGAAGAUCGACUGAAGAAGCAGAAGGAAGAUGAAGAAGAAGAUAGAUGGUAGGUCUUGAUAGAUGGAUCUUGUGUUCUUGUGGCAAGUCUUGCUGAAGAGUCAAAAGCGGAUGAAGGCAACAUCUUGGUCUAUACUGAGUGUUGUCCACUUCAUUCCAAGCAUGAAGGAGAGUAUUGAAGAACUGAGAAGAUAAAAAAACGAAGAAGAUAGAUGCAAGGUCUUGAUCUAUGGUCCUGUGUUCUUGUAGCAAGUCUUGCUGGAGAGUCAAAGAUGGGCCAAAGACGACAACAUCUUAGUUUAUAAUGAGAGGGAUCCUGUUUUCACAAAACAGGAGAGAGGAACUUGGAGAACUUAAAGGAGAAGAAGAUAAAGAAGAUAGAUGAAAAGUCGAGACAACUUCACUGAAGAGAGGAAGAACCAAGGAGCUUGGUCAGCUGAUGUAAUUUCCAUCUCUGUCUAUACUGAGAGUGGUGCAGCUGUCAUCCAGCAACAAACAGAUGGACAGAACUGAAAUCAGAAGAUCUAUAUCCUAUCUUCUGUUUUUCUGAUCCAUGUUUAUUCUGAUAAGAUCCAUGAAAGAAUGAAGAUUGAGAUUGAAAUAAAGGAGGAGUGGACUCAGGGGAGACAAUUUCUCCACACCACUCUUUAUGGUGUCGUGUUUGAGUCAAUAUCUACUGCAUACCUUCCUACAUCUGCAGAGUGAGUACAUUAGGGAAAGGAGAGUUGAAGGAUAGACUGAAGAGUUUAGAAUAGAGAUAGAUAAAAUGUGUAAAAAGUACCAGGUCAGGUUAAGGAUGCAAGUAAGAUGUCUUCUUACUUCUUCCUUUGUGUCUGCAAGAUAUAAGGGAUGUAAUGAAGAUAUUAGAAAGCUGUAUUUGCAAUUUUUUUGGGUCUUUUACUUGGAAAAAAAUUGUAAGAGGAAGGGGAAACAAAGGAAGAAACUAUAGUGCAAGAAGACGAACGAUGAGGUAACAACUGUGAAUAGAUAAAAUUGUGGAGAAAAGUGGGUCCCUUUCUCAAGCAGACGAGGAGGAGAGAUAAAUUAUUGUCAGAGAAACAAAAUACAGCACAGACAAUAUAUUCUACUAUGAAAUGUAGACUGACAAGAUUAAAAGGUUAGGAAAUGAAUGAGUAAUUGUAGGCAGAAUAAUUAACAAAUGUCAUUAGCAUCUUAGUUUUGUGAAGAAGUUUCAAAGCAUUUGAGAACAAUUUGACAUUCGCAUGAACAAUAAGUUUGGUUUUCCUGCUUUUUAUUUUAAUCCUAUAGGUACAAAGGUUGGUAAAUCUAUUGUUUUCAAAGUUUGAAUCCAGUGUUAGAUGAAAUAAAAGAAUAUAACAUGAAACAUAUGUUUGAAAGAUGAAAUAUUGAAUAUCCAGUAUGUGGGGUGAAAUCUAAAUUAGGAUGCCUAAA